CAGAGAGAAGGAAAGAAAGCAAAUAGGUGAGGAGAGAGACCAACUGUGAGAGUCAAAAAAAAAAGAGGUGUUGACAGAUCCUGUCACCAGGACACCAGAGCUGGCUCUCGAUGGAGCAGGGCCGACCCCGGAGCAGCCUCAGCCUGGCCAGCAGUGCUUCCACCGUAUCCUCUCUGAGUAGCCUGAGCACCAAGAAGCCUACGCGUGCCGUACACAAGGUCCAUGCCUUUGGGAAAAGGAACAAUGCUCUUCGGCGAGACCCCAACCUGCCGGUCCACAUUCGUGGCUGGCUGCAUAAGCAGGACAGCUCAGGCCUCCGGCUGUGGAAACGCCGUUGGUUCGUCCUUUCAGGCCAUUGCCUCUUCUACUACAAGGACAGCAGAGAGGAGAGUGUCCUGGGCAGUGUAUUGUUACCCAGCUACAGUGUCAGGCCAGAUGGGCCAGGAGCACCACGUGGCCGGCGAUUCACCUUCACAGCAGAGCACCCAGGCAUGAGGACCUAUGUCCUUGCAGCUGACACAUUGGAGGACCUGAGAGGUUGGCUUCGAGCACUGGGAAGGGCCUCCCGUGCAGAGGGGGAAGAUUGUGGACUACCGAGGUCACCUGCACGUCCCAGGCCUGGGGAAGGUCCUGGGGGUCCCGGAGGACCCCCAGAGGUGAGCAGAAGGGAAGAGGGGCGCAUCUCAGAAUCACCAGAGGUAGCUCGGCUCUCCAGAGGUCUUGGCAGACAUGAAAUGCACCCCAGCUCUACAGCUGAUCUGCGGCCUGACACCUGGAGUCGGAGAACCAGGAGCCCAGAGCUGUUCUCGUCCCUUUCCCGGCCUCCCUCCCCUCUGAGCCUUCCCCGUCCUCGGUCUGCCCCGGCCCGGCGACCCCCUCUCUCUGCAGGAGACAUUUCAUUUCCUGCCCGACCGCACACUCCCUUGAGUCGCAUCGAUGUCCGACCUCCUCUGGAUUGGGGACCCCAAAGACAGACCCUCUCCCGACCUCCCAUUUCACGCCGAGGACCUUCCUCUGAAGCUGGCGGAGGACGGCCACCCAGGAGUCCCCAGCCCUGGACACCAGAGCACAGAACGCAGUCUACCCAGGCCUCCGCUGGUGCGUCCACUUAUCUCCAGCUGCCCCCAAGACUCCCUGGGACCCAGGCCUCCAUGAUUUUGUUGCCAGGACCCCCUGUGGACUCCACUUUGCAUCAGAGCUUGGAGACAGAUACUUUGUUGACCAAGCUGUGUGGGCAGGACCGGCUCCUGAGGCAGCUACAGGAGGAUCUGGACAAGAGGCAGGAGGAGAAGGAACAGCUAGAGGCUGCCCUGGAGCUGACCCGGCAGCAGCUGGGCCAAGCUACCAGGGAGGCUGCAGCUUCUGGGAAGGCCUGGGGUCGCCAGCGCCUUCUGCAGGACCGGCUGGUGAAUGUGAGGGCUGCUCUGUGUCACCUGGCUCAGGAGCGAGAGCGGGUUUGGGACACGUACAGCGGCCUGGAGCAGGACCUUAGCACCUUAAGAGAGACUCUCGAGUACCUGCUGCACCUCGGGUCUCCCCAGGACCGAGCAUCUGCUCAGCAGCAGCUAUGGAUGGUGGAGGACACGCUGGCAGGUCUAGGUGGCCCCCAGAAACAGCCCCCACAUACUGAGACCAAGUGUCCAUCCCCUGUACCCCAAGGAGAGGAGUCCUCAGAGCGGGAGAGCCUUUCAGAGUCACUGGAGCUCAGCUCCCCUCAGUCCCCUGAGGUGGACUGGGGUCGACCCCCAGGAGGUGACAGAGCCCUCAGCAGCCCUCAGUCAGGUGUUGGGUCUCCAAGGGUCUCCCGGGCAUCCAGCCCUGAAUGUCCUCAACCUUCAUCCCCGCCGCUGAGAACUAAGGCCCCGCUGGUACGGCCCCGAAUGAGCGCGCAGGAGCAGCUGGAGCGCAUGCGUAGAAACCAAGCCUGUGGGCUCCCUCUUCCUCGCUCUACCUCCCCAAGGCUCCUGACCCUGGGGAAGACACUGUCCCCAGCUCCCCGCCAGCCUGACAUGGAGCAGAGGCCUAUUGUAGGAGCUGGGAAAUGGCUCAGGAGCUCUGGGUCGUGGAGUAGUCCCAGGCACUCCACAGCUUACUCACCAGUAUCUGGAGACCACCGGGAGCGAGUGCUCAGCCUCUCCCAAGCUCUGGCUACAGAGGCUUCCCAGUGGCACAGGCUGAUGACAGCCUCUCCAGGGAGAAAUUUGGACACCAGGGGAGACAGUCUCCAGCCAAGCCCGCAGCCUCCCAGUGAGGAACUGCCCCAGGUUACCUCAUCCCCAACUUCUCACAAGGCUACAUCUGCUGCCACAGAGUCCUCAUGCCAAGAGAGGGGGAGAGGCCUGGCCCCCUGGGAGCCCAGGUGGGACCCUGGGAAGGCCCCUCCAGCUCUGGCCCAGGAAGAGGGGGCGUGGCCCCUGAGAGUCACUCUGCUGCAGUCCAGCUUUUGACUCCCAUCUUUGCACUGGGUGCUACAAGCUGGAAGCACAACCAUGUGGUGUGGGACCACUCGGGACCACAGGAGAGGCUCAUUGUGGCGUGGGACCACUCGGGUCCAUAGGAGAGGCUCAUUGUGGCAUGGGACCACUCGGGUCCACAGGAGAGGCUCAUUCCAGCGUGGAUUCUAGGAGGGCCGGGGCUGCUAUGGUCAAAGAUUGAUUAUCCCAACACUGUCCAAACUUGGAUUAAAACUUGGAAUUAGUCAAUAAAUAGCUCUAUUCUCUCUA